AUGCCACCCUAUCCGAUCCCGGCCAAUCAGGUGCCACCCUAUCCGAUCCCGGCCAAUCAGGUGCCACCCUAUCUGAUCCCAGCCAGUUUGGUGCCACCCUAUCUGAUCCCGGCCAGUCUGGUGCCACCCUAUCCGAUCCCAGCCAAUCAGGUGCCAGCCUAUCUGAUCCCAGCCAAUCAGGUGCCAUCCUAUCUGAUCCCAGCCAAUCAGGUGCCAGCCUAUCCGAUCCCAGCCAAUCAGACUUGUUAA